GCUGGCGCAUGGCGGACGUAGCGCUGUUUGAGUUUCUGCACACGGAGAUGGUGGCGGAGCUGUGGGCGCGCGAUCCGGACCCCGGUCCCGGGGGACAGAAGACGAGCCUGUCGGUCCUGGAGGGCGUGGGCUUCCGCGUGGGCCAGGCUCUGGGUGAGAGGUUGCCCCGGGAGAUGCUGGCCUUCAAGGAGGAGCUGGAUGUCGUCAAGUUCCUGUGCAAAGACCUGUGGGCGGCCAUGUUCCAGAAGCAGAUGGACAGCCUCCGCACCAACCACCAGGGAACCUACGUCCUGCAGGACAACAGCUUCCCCCUCCUGGUCCGGAUGGCCUCAGGCCUUCAGUAUGUGGAGGAAGCACCUAAGUUCCUGGCUUUCCCCUGCGGCCUCCUGCGGGGCACCCUCAGCACCCUGGGGAUCCAGAGCUUGGUCACCGCCUCCGUGGCAUCCCUGCCCGCCUGUAAGUUCCAGGUGGUGAUCCAGAAAUCCUGAGACGCCCGGGCCCAGGCACCCGACUGCCACCCUCGGGGCUGGCCAGAGGGCAGGUGCCAGGGAUCCCGGGCUCUGGGUGUGACACGCCAGGAGGGAGGCCGGGUGCUGCCGGGGGUCCUUCGUGCUCAAGAAGUGGGCGUUGUCGGGGCUGUAGGACUGUUGGGGGGCCGGGUGGUCCUGUCUGCUAAUAAAGGCUUGUGUGAA